CUAUAUAAACUUCUCUUACUUUGAUCAACUCACAAGCACUCUCUUAGCUUUCCUUUCCUGUUCAUACUUGUUUCUUCAAUUUCAUUUCUUUUAUUACUUUUCCUCUUUGCAUUCCAAAUGGCCACUGUUGAGGUUGCACAACAAACACCAACAACUGUGACAGAAAAUGAAGCAACCGAGGUAACCAAGAUUGAGGAAACUACCCCAGAACAACCAGCUACCCAGGUUACUACCACCGAAGAACCAAAGGAAGAAACCACCAAAGAAGCAAAAGAGGAAGAAGAAGCCCCAGUUGAGACUAAUGAGGCAACAGAAGUGACAGAGGAAGUGAAGCCUGAGGUAGAAGAGAACCCAGCACCUGAGAGAACAGAAGAAGAAGAAGUGAAAGAGGAAACUAAAGAAACCGAAUCAGCACCAGUGGAGGAACAGAAGCAAGAGGAGAACAAACCAGCUGAAACCGUUGAGGAAACCAAAACAGAACAAGUUUCUGUUGAGAAGACUGAAGCUUAAGCCCAUGGAUACGGUAUUAUUGAAGUAGAUGAAGUUUCUUGCAUUUUUAUUUUAUUUAUUAUUAAUGUUAUUAUUGUAAUGGUAA